AUGCUCUUGGGGCUGAAUACCGUUUGUGACGUGUACUUCACUGGUGCUCUCGAGAUCAUGGUGGAGAAGUGGCACAUCAAGCCAGACGUGGCAGGAGCUACAUUCAUGGCCGCAGGCGGCUCUGCUCCUGAGCUCUUCACGUCUCUGGUGGGUGCGACCAUAGCUAACAAUGAUGUCGGAUUCGGGACCAUUAUCGGGUCCGCCGUAUUCAAUGUGCUGUUUGUCAUUGGCCUUUGCGGCUACGUGGCAAAGGAGCCCAUCCAGCUGACAUGGUGGCCACUCUUCCGAGAUUGCAGUUAUUAUAUAUUGGGCUUGAGCCUUUUGGCGGGUUUCGCUUCUGACGAACGGAUUUCACUGGUGGAGGCGAUCCUGCUGUUCGUAGCCUACAUCGUGUACUGCAUUAUCAUGUAUUUCAACAGCUCCUUGGAGGCGCUGGUGCACAAAUACAGCUCCCGCGCCGGUGGAAGGAGCCAGGAAUCUGCCAGCGAGGCAGAUCCUUCGAGGCCUCCCGUCAUUGUCGGCAACUGGGCCGGGACCACCUCAGGACAAGUCUCUGUUGUGCCAAAUGCGACAACUCCGCCAUCGCCUUCCAAGACAGACCCUCAGCCGCCGUCCCACGGCGACGUGGCAGUUCCGGAGCUGGGCACUGAUGGGCCAAGACAGGUCUCCAAGAGUUCGGAGGAAGAUUCUUCCCGGAUCCUGUGCAGUCAGCCGCUGCCCAGCCGCGAACCCUGGGUCACGUCGCAGGGCAUCGAGCGCUUUCACAAAGAUCCUGCAAGAAAGGAGGAGGAGGGCACAGACAUCGUCGUUUCCAGCCAGCCAUUGCCGAUGCGCUCACAGAAGCUGCGACUCUCUGCUCGAACAGCCCGGGCUGCCGCUCUUCAGGAGGCCGCACGCGAUCGUCACGAGGAGAGGAGGCACUCGGAAUCGGAUGAGGCGGGGCAGGCAACCCGAAGCCGGCAGUGCAGCAAGCAAUCUGCAGGCAUGCAGCAGGUGCAGGAGACGCCCGAAGAGUCAAAGCCCACGGACGAGCAACAAGAAGAAGAGGAAGAAGAGGAAGAGCCUGGAUUCAUGGACUUUCCUAACAAUGCGAAAGAUCAAGUGAUCUGGUUAAUUUCCUUACCUGUGCUCCUGCCGAUCUACUUCCUCACGCCUUUGCCCAGCGAGCGGCUCUUCCUGCUGACAUUCCUUUUCUCCCUGGUGUGGAUCGCAUUGCUCUCCUUCUGCCUUGUUUGGUGGGUUGAAAUCCUGGGCGAGGCCUUGCACAUCGACCCGAUUUUGAUGAGCUUCACCUUGCUGGCUGCCGGGACUUCCAUCCCAGAUGCCGCUUCCUCUGUCGCAGUGGCGAAGCAGGGCGAGGGUGACAUGGCGGUGUCAUCGUCGGUGGGCUCGAACAUUUUCGACAUCUUGGUCGGACUGCCCAUCCCAUGGAUGAUCAAGAUCGCAUUGAACGAUGCCAGCUAUCAGGUGACCAUCAAGUCGCCCUUUCUGGCCUUUGACGUGAUUCUGCGCCCUGCCACGGAUUUGCCUGCAUUGGCUGGCAAAACUGGCCACAAAAAGCUCUUGCUGCGCUCUGGCCGUCAACAGGACGCAGGGGCAUCGGUCGUGAAACAGAACAGCGAGCAAGAAACCUUCUGCGAAAGGACCUUCAUCCUCUAUGGACUAAACCUCCUCUUGAGUUGUACCUUCACCAUUCAGAAAGCUACGCAGCUUGCUCUCAGAGUCUUGCGGUUAGCUCCCUCGGUCCUCGGUUGCAGCUCGUCGGCGUGCGCACCAGUUGCACGAUGGCCGAUCUUCAGCCGCCUCCGACUCCUGCACACUUGUUCAUUGCGCACGACAUACUUCCACGAGACCCUCCCGCGCAAACUCUUGUUUCAAGUGUUAUAA